UAAAAGUGUUCUUAAUCAUGAGAUGUGAAUGUGAAAAAUGUUCUCAUUGAGUUUUAGAAAACUUGGAGUCUUGGAGUAAUCUGGGAUGGCUAUUCUAGUCUCCGUAGAUGAGGAUAAUGGAGAAUGUGGACACCAUUUGGCUAAGGAUGGGUCGAGGCUGGGAUCUGGUGUAAAAACCUUGGAUGAGAAACAGCAGGUUUUAAAACCACAAGUUGGCAGAGUGUUCAGUGCUCCAUCAGCUUUACGCAACACUGGCAGAAAGGGGUUAAGAACUAUACAAAAGUCAGUGAAGACUAAUACCUCCUCAAACAAAACAACUUUCACUGUGAAAAAGGUCACCAGGGAGAUUGUUAAAGUACAAAGUUCUGUUCCAGAAAUAGAAAAAUUCUUCCUCUUCAAUCUUCUAGACCAAUGGUCCUCAAUGUGUGGGUCGUGACCCCAUAAGGAGUCAAAUGACACCUUUCAUAGGGGUUGUAUAUCAGAUAUUUACAAUUCAAAACAGUAGCAAAAUUACAGUUAUGA